AUGGCAGAGGCAAUUGCGCCGAUACCCGUCGAAGACGUCACUCACUCUGACCAGGAUGCGACUUCAGAAAGCUCCGGGGAUGAGAGUCGCUUGGAGGCGCCUGUCGACCUCAUGGUCACCACCAGGGCAAGGCGAUCCAAUGCGGGCAACCGCAUGUCCACCCUGCUCGCAAAAUCUGCUGAGCAAGAAGAGGAGGAGUGGGGCGAGGAAUGGGAGGAUGCGCCGAACGAGGAAGAUUUCCAGGGCGGCGAUGUCAACGAACAGGAAGACUACAACAUGGACUCGUCAUCUUCGGAGGAAGACGUUGAGGGUGCGGAUGAGGACGACGCGGGCGAGAAGGAACUACGCAAGGCAGAGCGUCAGGAGAGGAACAAAAAGCGCAAAGCAACCACCAACCCUUUCGCUGCUCGAGUCGCCGCCGCGACACGCAAAAAGGUGAAGCUCGACGUACCGGGUGCUUCAGAUGCACAAUCGCGUAGCUCCUUUGGCCGGCCCCGGCCUAAGAAGAAGUCGGAGCGAGCUUCAUGGAUACCUACAGUCGAGGAUGGACCUGUGCGGACGUCGUCGCGAAAACAAACAGUGGCGAACAAGGAGACCACAAUGGCCAAGCUCAAAGAGAAGGACCGAAGACGAGACGAUACUCUGGCUAUGAUGAAGGCUGCUGAAGCACGCAAGGCAAAGGCCAAAGAGCCACCACUUACACAAGCAGAGCGGCUUGCGGAAGCUGCGCGGAAUGAGAGAAUCAACAAGAAGACUCUACAUAGGUGGGAAGAGGCGGAAGAGGCAAGGGCAGCCGAGCGUCAGGCCAAAAUUGAUGCCCUGAAAAAUCGGCAAAUCGAUGGUCCAUUUAUUAGAUUCUAUAGUGGACCAGCGAUAUGGGUGGACGAUAGUAUCAAAUAUACGGGCAAGGAUGCGCCAACACUAGACGAUCUGGAUGAGAAGCUGAACAAGGAGUUUCGGGAUGCACAGAAAAAUGAAUCUUCCCCAAACGAGGAGGUAAAACACGAUGAGGACCAACAACAAGAUUCAACUGAGGCACAACCUUCGGGUCAGCAGUCAGCCACCUCAGCUGAGUAUCAGCCACAGGCUCCUCCAAUUCAAUUGGGACAUGCCUCCCCUCUACAGGAGGAUGUACAUCACGUCCAGCCUUCAUCGACGCCAUCACACGUUCCUCCUCCAACAGCGACUAUACCACCACAACAAGACACUUCCCAAUUACCUUGGACCGCCGCAUCGCAAGGCGGGGAUAUAUUCAUGGGCUCACAUGGUAUCUCCUAUCCCAACAACUCCGUGUUCGCUCCAUCGCACCCAGACUCGUUCCUCUUCGGUAUCGACCAGUACGCACACAACCAACAGACCAGCCCAACGCCCGACAAUCUGCCACCAAAUCCCUUCACCCAGGCAUCUCCUUUCCAACAGCCAUACGCACCACAAACGCACUCUCCCUUCCCCCAAGUCCACCCUUCCAUGGAUCCAUCACACCCCAACGACCCAACCAUCGGCUCCCAAUCCCCCGUUCAACCAUUCCAAAACCCACCGCCCGCACCCCUCCCGCCUCCCCCACCAUGCCGCAAAGAGAUCCGCCGCGCCCUCCGCAACCUCCUCAUCCUCUCUUCCUUCCCAGACCUCGACCUCCCACCCCAACCCACGACCUCGCGCAGCGCCUCCAAAACCGCAGCCUCGAUGCUCAAAGACAAAGACCGGUCCGCACUCAUCCACAUCUCCUCCACCCUCUUCCACUGGUCUCCCGCAGACGCCGCAACCUUUGUCACAGCCAUCCUAUCCACCUCGUCGACCAAGCCCCGGAAAAAAGACGGCAUCCCCCCGACCGCCGCCGAACUCGCCUUCAAACCCAGCCACAAAAUCUGCCCCGUCACCAAUCUCCAGGCUCGCUACAAGGACCCGGAAACGGGCAUGGCCUACCGCGACGCUCGCGCCUUUGGCGUCCUCAGGGGCCUCGUCGGCGGCGGCUUCGUCUGGAGCGGCGAGUUGGGAUGCUAUGUCGGCGGCCGCGCCAAGCCGCUCGAAUCCAUGCAGGGCAAGGGCUUUCUCGGUAUGCCCCCCGCGAAGAACGUACCCAAGCGCUUUGGCGAGAUGCUGCCCAAGAAACCGGUUGCGCCUCUGCCUGCGUCGUCGGCGCCUGAGGCUGCGGCUGCCGUGUCGUCCGUGCAGGAUCCGGGUGUGGGCGAAACCGCGCGUAUGGUUGAGGGAGCACAUGACAGAUCGGGUGGUGCAAUGGAUACGCCGUCUAGGCUUCCUGCAGUGAAGACGGAGGGGACGGGUGGUGUGGUGUAG